AUGCAGACUGCUUAUGCAAACAUUUGUGAAAGAAUAGGUUUCUCUCAGGAGCUCAGUGAAUUCAAGCAUGGUACUGUGAUAGGUUGCCACCUGUGCAAUAAGUCCAUCCGUGAAAUUUCCUUGCCACUAAAUAUUCCACGAUCAACUGUUAGUGGUAUUAUAACAAAGUGGAAGCAACUGGGAACAACAGCAACUCCGUCACAAAGUGCGGGAUCAGCGCAUGCUGUAGCGCACAGUGCGCAGAAGUAGCCAAUUGUCUGCAGAGCCAAUAGCUAAAGACCUCCAAACUUUGUGUGGCCUUCAGAUUAGCAUAGUACAUAGAGAGCUUUAUGGAAUGGGUUUCCAAGACCAA